GUUGUAUAUACAUAGUAUGUAAUCUCAUCCUACGCAUCAUACAUAUCAUACAUAAUUGAAUUAUUGACAUUACAUGUAUUGAUAAGAUAUAUCAUUACAUGCUAUGUAUUCUACUAUGUAAGAUAUUACCUAGAUACCUAGGUAUGUCAAUACUACACUGCAACAAAUACCAAACACCUGCAACAGAAAAAGCAACACCAUGAUCUUUGUUGUCUGUACAUGAGUAAGUAGGUACUAAGUAACUUGUAUCCUUGGAGCUUCAAUGCUCAAUGUUCAAUGUUCGAAGCUACUUCAAGUUACCAUUCGCCAUUCACUCAGUUUUACAAUUACCAGUGAUCGUAUAGCCACUUACUGUAUUACCGCCACCACCUCCACCUCCACCUCCACCACUACUACGGCAAAGAAAAGAUCUUAUCGCUCUCUUCUCUCUCGUCAUUAUGGAUCCUAAUGCAAUAUAUGCCAGGGGAGGCAGAGAUUCCAAAGAAACAAGCAUCUCACCGCCGCCCCCGCAACGAACUGGUUCUUCUUCGAGUAUACACAAGUCGGGCCAUAUCAUCACCCAUAGCCACCGCUCAAGCUUCGCAGAGAACUUGAGAGGCUUGCCACCCUCCCCACGAAAUCAUCGACACCCCUCCUUCACCCAGUCCGCCAUCCAGGAACUACUCAAUCACCCGCCCGCCCCUAGACAGCACAGUCCUCGUUUCGCUGGCCGAGAUUGGCGCGAUGUUGCAAUCGGUGAACUUGUGUCCAAAGAUGAGGUAUUCUGGGUUGAUAUGGAUACUAGUGUGGAGGACGCCACAAUGGCCCUCCUCAAGAAUACCUCGACCAAUGUUGUCAUCAUCCGAGAGAACGCAACUAGCUCCGUUCCCGUAUCGACCUUCGACUACAAUGACUUGAAUGCAUACAUUCUGAUUGUGGUAGGGUUGGCGCAUCCAAGCGAGGAUCUGGUCGAGUUAUAUGAUUCGAUAGCGAAGAGAGCUCAAGACCGUGUCAACAUACCACUCCGUGAUAUCCAACCCAUAUGUCGCAAGGAGUCGCUCGUCACUUUGCAGGGUGAUGAUGAUUUGGCUAAGGCGAUCGAGAUCUUUGGUAGCGGCGUACAUCGAAUGCUUGUUACAAACCACAAUACCGAUGUCGUCGGCAUCUUCAGUCAGUGGAAGCUUAUAGAAUUCUUCUGGAACGAAGGUAUCAACUUCCGCGUCAUCGACGAUCUUUAUCCGAGGGUUUUGCGCGACCUAGGCGUUGGGUCGCAACAGAUACUUGCUAUCAACGCCGACAGUCCCUUAACCGAGGCUCUCAACCUUAUGAAUCAGGAGGGCUUAUCGAGUGUCGCUGUAGUUGAUAACGGUCUGAACGUCGUCGGUAACAUCUCUUCCGCAGAUGUCAGGCUUCUCACCAGCUCCACGAGCCUUCCUCUCCUCCAAAAUUCAUGUAUGCACUUUAUAUCUGUCAUCCUGACCGAGAAAGGCGUUGAGAAGGGCAAGGACUCAUUCCCGGUAUUUUAUGUCAACCCGUAUUCCACUCUCGCCCACACCGUGGCCAAGCUAGUCGCUACUCACUCGCACAGAAUGUGGGUAGUGGAGUCAGCAUCCCCAUCCCCAUCGGCGCCAGGUACUCCGUCGUUGGGCCCCACUAUUUUUGUUCCUACUCCGUCUUCAUCGCAAACAUCUCUUACUGGCAGUCAUUUUCCCUCGGUCCCCCCGGCAUCUACUUUACCAGGAUCUCACUUAUCCGGGCGCCUGAUUGGCGUUAUUACCUUGACAGAUAUCCUCAAUCUAUUCGCAAGGUCCACUGGUCUCAACCCUACAGACCCGAGCGAGCAGCGCGCAAGAAGACGAAGAAGCUCUAGCAGUUCGGUUCGCCCGUCUAUCGAGUCUACUCGUGCUAGCCUAGAUAUUCGACGUUAGGGCUGUAGAAUUACAAUAUAUAAAAUCAACUCUUGACCCCCUUGAGACUAAACAAGGAUCCUACUUCGAUAAUGAUAGCCGCAAACGGUACUGUCACGUUGUUCUUCCUUUCAAGCAACACUCUUCUUUCUACGUGAGGUCUCUUACGUUGUGUUCGUGCUGGCAGUAGAGAGGGAGGGAGGUUUUCUUAGGUAUGUAGUUUCAAAACAUAGGUCGUAUUUUACGUUCAUGACGUUUAUGACGCAGGUUGUAAGGAGUCAAUGGCGUUGGUCUUAGCUCUCUACGCAAUAAAUAUCAGGCGGAGUUUUGCAGGGUACUUAUAUUCAAUCAAUUCUCUGCUCAUGCUUGAUUCUACCCAUCUGUUGGCUUCAGAUGCACUUGACGAUAAUAAAUGACUUGACUACGAUACCCUCAUGAUCUUUGGUGCAACUGUUCCGACACUUGAAUUACUGUACAAUAUCUAUAUGAUAGACAGAAUAUAGACAGAACAUAUAUUUAUAUAAAUAUUAUUUUCUCAAAUAUUAGUAACUACUAUGUAGAUGGCUCUGAAGAGAACAUUGAACAUGAUAUGUAUCCCUAUUGCCUUCAAUGUUAGUAGACUCAGGCUGCUAGAGUCUUAAAUGUGGAUAAUAUGU